AUGUUUGGUGGUCGGUACUUUGGCCUUGAAGGCACCAAGCUCAAUAUUGCAAUCGGCGUCAUCGCAGGAAUUGAUUUCUUGCUCUUCGGCUACGAUCAAGGGGUUAUGGGAGGCCUUUUGACACUCCCCUCAUUUCUCGAGACUUUCCCGGAGAUUGACGUCGCUGCUGCGCCGCCAGAGAGGCAGAGCCAUGUGUCAACCAUACAGGGUAUCUCUGUUGCAUGCUAUAAUCUCGGCUGCUUCUCCGGCGCGAUAGCUUGCAUCUGGGUGGGGGACCUCCUGGGACGGCGGAAGACUAUCUUCCUUGGGUCUGCCAUUAUGACAGUCGGGGCCAUCUUGCAGUGCUCAGCGUUCAGCCUCGGUCACUUUAUCACGGGUCGUGUUAUUACUGGCAUUGGCAACGGCCUCAAUACCAGCACGGUGCCGACCUGGCAAUCGGAGACUUCCAAGAGUCACCGCCGUGGUCAGAUGGUCAUGAUCGAGGGCGCAUUGAUCACAGGUGGAGUGUGCCUCAGUUACUGGAUUGACUUUGGCUUCUCCUUCUUAGAGCCCAGUACGAUUUCAUGGAGAUUCCCAAUCGCGUUCCAGAUAUUCUUCGCCCUCAUAAUUCUGGCAUUCAUUCUUGAAUUGCCGGAAUCGCCUCGAUGGCUUAUCCUGAAAGGCAAGGAGGAUGAGGCUCUGACCGUGCUCGGUGCCCUGAGCGCUAAGUCAACUGAUGAUCCUUACAUCCACUCGGAGUUUGUCGCUAUUAAGGACACGGUGUUCGAAAUGGCAGCAGGAGGCUUCAGAGAUCUCUUUGCGCGCAACAAAGAUCGCCAUCUGCACCGAACUAUACUGGCCUACGUAAACCAAGUCUUUCAGCAGAUCAGUGGCAUUAAUCUUAUCACGUAUUACGCCGCUUACAUCUACGAGAACGAAAUCGGCCUCACGCCGUUUAUCAGCCGCAUCCUAGCUGCCGCGAAUGGUACCGAGUACUUUCUCGCCUCUUGGAUCGCUGUUUUCAUCAUCGAAAAAAUUGGCCGCCGGCCACUCAUGCUAUUCGGCGCAGCUGGACAGAGCUUCAGUAUGGUCAUGUUGGCUAUCAUGACCUAUGUUGGCGGGGCUGGUCCGGGUAUCGUAGCGGCGGCAUUCCUCUUCUUGUUCAAUACCUUCUUCGCCAUCGGCUGGCUGGGCAUGACGUGGCUUUACCCGGCUGAGAUCGUUCCCUUGCGCAUCAGAGCUCCGGCAAAUGGGCUCAGUACGUCUGCCAAUUGGGCCUUUAACUUCAUGGUCGUCAUGAUAACUCCGGUGGCAUUCCAAAACAUCGGCUACCAAACAUACAUCAUCUUUGCUGUGAUCAACGCUUUUAUCUGCCCGGUCGUCUAUUUCUUCUAUCCAGAGACCGCAUACCGUUCUUUAGAAGAGCUUGACACCAUCUUCCAUAAGUCGAACACCUUCACCGUUGUCAAAGUCGCCAAGAACGAACCGCGUCGCUACGGCAAGAACGGCGAGCUUUUGAUCGACUAUGAAACGACUGCCGAGCACGCUCAUUUUGAAGAGCGGAGACGGAGCAGCGUGGCUAGCGGCAUGCUACCACACGGCAAGAGUGCAUCGCAGCGUACCGAGAACGUCAAUCAUGGGAACUUAGACUCUCGCGCGGAGAAGGGUUAUGCGGACAUCUCCGGAAACGGGCGGUAA